AUGAGCUGCCCAGACUGCGUCAAGGGCGCAUAUCUUCCUGGAGACCCUGUCGGAAAAUUGGGUUUCAAGGGGGCUUACUACUCUCCUGCACCGAAGCCGAAUGCCAUCAGAGGCGAAGACGCAGUGGUCCUUCUCACUGACGGCUUUGGCUUACCACUCAAGAACUGCAAGAUCAUCGCUGAUACUCUGGCAACAAGGCUUGGAUGCGACGUUUGGGUACCCGAUAUACUUGGUGGUGCGUACACGAUCGAGGCUGACGAUCUGUUGUUGCCCGACAGAGCAGGUGUCAAGAUGACCUUUGCAAAUUGGGUUACAUUUAUCAAGAAGACGAUACCUAAAAUCCCUGCUUUCCUACAUAAUACACCUAGCAAGGUUGAUCCACGGAUCCACGACUUCAUUCUGGGCCUGCGAGAAGACAAGAAGUACACAAAAAUCGGCGCUAUUGGAUACUGCUACGGCGGAGCUGCUGCUGUACGAUUGUCAUCUCAUCCAGAGCUCAUAGAUUCUGCCGUCAUCUGCCAUCCUGGUCCCUUCAGUCUCAAGGAUGUGAAGCGAAUACAAGUCCCAGUGUCAUGGGCCUGUGCUCAAGAGGACUUAUUCUUCUCCGACAAGCUGCGAAAGCAGUCUGAAACUGCACUUGCCGCUCGCAAGGACCAAGCGGGAUUCGUCGAGUACCAGUUCAUCGAGUACAAAGGAACCACCCACGGCUUUGCUGCGCGUCCAAAUCUAGAGGUACCUGAGGUCGAAACUGCAUUCGAGGGUGCUUUAACACAGGCGACAGAAUGGUUUGCUAAAACUCUCCACCUUGACUGA